GCCUCAGGACCUUCGCACUUGCUGGUUCUUUUGUCUAGAACACUCUUCCUUCAGAAUUUUUGAGACAAAACAGCUUUUGUACGCUGAGAAGUAUGCCCUGCAUCCAGCAAAACUAAAGUCUCAGCCAGGAAAACAUUCACAACUGGAAAACAGCCAGGUGAGGAAUGCCACAACCUAAACUGUUCAAAUUUAGGAAAUGACCCGGCCAGUGCCCUCGUUGCUCCCUGUGAGGUCUUUCUUCCCCAACGACCUGGGGCGGCUCCAAGGCCACCUCACACCCGUUUCUACCUCCCUAGCUCACCAUAGGCCCUAGGCUGGGAACAAAGGCGGACCAACCAAUUGCUACUAGGUGGGAUUUGGGGAAAAGGGCAAGGUCUAACCGCAGGUCAGGCGCCCCAAACAGGGCGUGGCGGUUGCCCUUGGCAUGACGCAACCUCCCCGGUAGCUGAAGCACCCUUGUUACCAGGCUCGCCGCAGGUGAGGCUGGGGUCUGCUCCCCGCUCAUUGGUCCGAAGAGAAGCACCUCUGAGGAACCCCUGUUGCCCAGGCGAGGAGGAGAGCCCAUUGGUCGGGACACCUCACAAUGCCCCCCCCCGCCCCACCCCCCGCGCGUGUGCAGGGUUCUUCCCAUUGGUUCGCUGCCUGCCUCGGGAGCCCCCUGUGGCCUCCAACCAGGCAGCCUACUUGGCACCCUGCAGCGAGUGCCCCCAAGCUGACCCUGUUCCCCAUUGGCUGCUCUGGGGGCCGCCGCCAUCUAAUGAGGAGAGAGGCGCAGAGCACGAGCUCCCUGCGGCGGGAUCUAGCCUUGCAGCAGCGGGACCCGGCAGGGGCCGAAGCUGUGCAAAGGCCGAGAGACCGGCUUCUCUGCGGAGGACACCCGUUCUCUCUCCGGACCUGGUCUGGGUCGCAGCUUGGGCUUCCCGUCGCGGAGCUGAGCAUCUCCAAUCUGGAACCCAACCCGCGAGGCUCCAGUAAGUGCGAAGCACCCACGCAGCGUGCGAACCGGCUCAGGGCGGACGGAGAGGGUGUCCCUGCUCCUGUGUAUCCAGUGUGCGUCUCCAUUUACUUAUCCCCUUAAUCGUUUAUCCACCCAUCGUUUAUCGGUUCAUUUAUUUGGCAUUCUGGGUGCACUCGCUGCGCCGCUUGUCCACAUCCUUCUCUCCGACGGUGUUGGAAAAUCCUGUGCCCUGAAGAAUUCGGACUGAGAUCCCAACGGAAGAGUGGUGUAGACGAGGGUGCAACCCCAGAGGGACCAUGUUCUACUAUCCCAGCGUGCUUCAGCGCCACACGGGCUGCUUCGCCACCAUCUGGCUGGCAGCAACGCGCGGCACCCGGUUGGUGAAGCGCGAAUACCUGAAGGUGAACGUGGUGAAGACCUGCGAGGAAAUCCUCAAUUACGUGCUGGUACGAGUGCAGCCCCCGCUGCCAGGUCUGCCGCGGCCCCGCUUCUCCCUUUACCUCUCAGCCCAGCUCCAGAUCGGCGUCAUUCGGGUCUACUCUCAACAAUGCCAGUACCUUGUAGAGGACAUCCAGCACAUCCUGGAGCGCCUGCACCGGGCCCAGCUGCAGAUCCGCAUUGAUAUGGUGGAGGCUGAGCUACCCAGCCUGCUACUGCCUAAUCACCUGGCCAGGAUGGAGACUCUGGAAGCUGCUCCAGACCCCUUUUUUGGGAUGAUGUCUGUGGAACCCAGACUGCCCAGUCCCUUGAAUAUCCCUCAGAUUCGACACCUCCUAGAAGCUGUGGUCCCAGAGAGAGUUCUUGAAGAGAUCCCUCCUGAAGUUCCUAUAGAGCCAGAAAGGAUUCUGAUCACUGUACCGUCUCCCGAGGCCAUCACGCUCCUGGAGGCGGAGCCCAUACGUAUGCUAAAGAUUGAGGGUGAACGGGAACUCCCAGAGGUCAGCCGCCGGGAAUUGGACCUGCUGAUCGCAGAGGAGGAGGAAGCCAUCUUGUUAGAGGAACGUCGGCUAGAGUACAAAGAGGAGCUCCUGGCCCCAGAGAGGGAGAUCACAGUCCCCCCGCCCUCACCUCUAGCUCUUGCAGAGGUGGAGGAGGCUGCAGAGCUACUUCCGGCUGAGGUCCUGGCCCCUGAAGAGCUGAAGCCACCAGGCUGGGAGCCCGAGGUCCUACUUCCUGAGAUAACCCCCCCGCCGGAGCUGCGUCUGCCAGCCCCACCUAGCCCAGAGCGGAGGAGGCCCCCAGUCCCCCCACCUGCUCGCCGCCGCCGUCGCCGCCGGUUAUUAUUCUGGGACCGGGAGACCCAGAUCCCCCGGAAGGAAUUCCAGGAACAAAUGCAAACCAGAGCCCACUGCCGGGAGUGUCCAAUGGUGCAGCCUCCUGAGAGGAUGAUCACGAGCCCCGCAGAGCUGUUCCGAACCCCGACUCACUCUGGCCGGCUACCCCAAGAACUGCUGGCUUUCUGGACCCACUGUGCCCAGCCACUCCCGCUAGCACUCCGGAGAAGGCCGCCCCCGGAGCUUGAGGAGGAGGAAGCUGAGAGGGAGGCGGCAGCUGAGGAGGAAAGGAGAAAGGCUGAAACUCCGAGCGCUAUCGAGGUCCUGAGGGAGGCCCUGGAGCCCAGUGGGCCCCUCAUGCUGCCUUCAGAGAUCUCCCUAGAAGCGGCUGAGGAGGAGAAGCCCCGCAUCAGCCUCGUCCCCCUGGAAGAACGGUGGCCCUGGGCUGAGGCGGAGCUGCCAGAAGCCCCUGCAUUGCCCGUGGUGCCUGAGCUCCCUGAGGUGCCUGUGGAGCUGCCUGUGGAGCUGCCCCCAGAGCCUGAGCCGCUCUCGCUGGAGGCUGUGCACAGGUACCAGGAAGGGCGUGCCUCCGUGGGUGGCCUGCGCUGCAGCCUCAGCUCACAGUUCUUGACCCCCACAGGGCAGUGGCACGGGAGCUGCAGGCCAACAGGGAGCCUGACUUCAGCAGCCUGGUGCCACCUCUCAGUCCCCGCAGGGUGGCCGCCCGGGUCUUCUACCUGCUCCUGGUGCUUGCUGCACAGCAGAUCCUUUGUGUGAAACAAGAGGAGCCAUAUGGGCGCCUCCUGAUCCAGCCAGGGCCCCGAUUCCACUGCGGUUAGAGCCAAUUUACAAAGCUGCCAGGGAACCCGCUACGUUAAACAAUGUCCUGCCUCACUUCUGAACACGGAUCUCUAUCCUUCCUGCUCCCAGAGCUACUGUUCAAGCAGAAAAUAAACUGCCUUUAUUACAGAA